UCAUAUCUGUCACUCCAAAGUAAAACAGCCUCACCCUGUUCCUCCCCUUGUCUGCUGGGGAGUAGCCGAGUGCAAGGGCAGAGCUGGGAGAGGAGGAGCUGGGAUCGGACUCUGUUCCCGAGGACAUGCUGGGUUUGUUCCGGGGCACAGAGUGUCCCUCCUUCUUUAUAGGAAAAAGGCAGGAAGAGGCUUGACAGCUCAGCCCACCUCAACAGCUGCUGGUGCCAAAAGGAUCCCAGGAAUAGCAUCUGAGAAGAGAAAAUGUUUGCAGCCUAUUUUGAUUGCCCAGGAGGCCCAGAAAAUCUCUAUAUGAAAGAAGUGAUGAAACCAGAUCCAGGAGAAGGAGAAGUUCUUGUGAAGGUCUCUGCCAGUGCUCUGAAUCGGGCUGAUUUACUCCAGAGGAGAGGGAAGUACCCUCCCCCCAAAGGAGCAAGUGAUAUUUUAGGCCUAGAAGCAGCUGGGAGCGUGGCUGGGCUGGGUCCUGGCUGCUCAGGCCAGUGGAAGAUCGGCGAUGCAGUGAUGGCUCUGCUCUCCGGGGGAGGCCAGGCACAAUACGUGACAGUGCCCGAAGGCCUCCUGAUGCCAAUUCCCAAAGAUAUGACUUUUACUCAGGCUGCAGCCAUUCCUGAAGCCUGGCUAACAGCAUUUCAGCUGCUCCAUUUUGUAGGUAAAGUACAGGAGGGCGAGACAGUGCUGAUCCAUGCUGGAGCCAGCGGGGUUGGCGUGGCAGCCAUUCAGCUGGUGAGACUGGCAAAGGCUAUUCCCAUUGUGACAGCAGGAACUCAGGAGAAACUGGAAGCAACAGCAAAUGCUGGAGCAGCUGCAGGGUUCAACUACAAGAUUGAAGACUUCAGUGAAAAGGUCUUGGAGUUCACCCAAGGUUCUGGAGUAGACAUUAUCUUAGAUUGUGUUGGUGGCUCAUACUGGGAGAAGAAUCUCAACUGUCUGAAUACUGAUGGCCGGUGGAUUAUUUAUGGACUGCUGAGUGGAGGUGAAGUCCGUGGGGAUUUGCUGGCAAGGCUGCUUUCCAAAAGAGCCAGCAUCCACACGAGCCUGUUACGGUCCCGAGACAAGGAGUACAAGGAGCGGCUGGUCAGAGCCUUCACAGAGGAGGUGCUGCCCCAUUUUUCCGGAGGGGCUUCCCCGCGUCUCCAGCCCCUCGUGGACAGCGUUUACCCCCUGCACGCCAUCGCCGAGGCACACAGGGCGAUGGAGGAAAACAGGAACAUCGGCAAAAUCGUCAUCGAAAUUCCCGUUUGCUUCAAGAAAGGGCCGCUGCAGUAGCUGCUCUGGGACAGUCACUGCGGGGACUGCACUGCGGUCAUCCUGCCGCUCCUGCUCCAAACCAGACCGAUUCGUGUGGGGGGCGAGGAAGGGGAAAGGCUAUGGAAGCGUUUAUUAAAGAUGUAUCUGUCGCAA